UAAACCUCGAUUUUUUUUUGCCGAUGCAUCGUUUAUUACGGGCGAAUAUCACAGUAGUACACUCGCGCUCGCUACCCGAGGCCCUCUCGGUGUUCCCCGAGUUAUCGCACUGGAAAAACACGCCAUACUUUAUCUGGUGUUUCGCCCACUAUCAGCUGAGCAAGCUAUGCGGUGUGUUCAUGUUCAGUGACAUGCUCUCAAUGGUCCGUAAAUACGAAAGAAUGAGCGGCCGUCAGUCCUGGAGCGAGGAGGACAUGGCGAAAGCUGUCGCCGCCGUCGUCUCCGGUAAAAUGGGCUAUAAACUGGCGGCCAGGACGUAUCACAUCCCGCGCUCCACACUGCAGCGCCGUGCCAGUAAGGUACGCUACCAGCUACCCGACGACCCCAAGCCUCUCAUGGGACACUACAGGCGCGUCUUCACCGACAACCAGGAGAAGGACCUCGUCGGUUACAUAAAGAGCAUGGAGAAGUACUUCAUGGGCGUCUCCAGACGAGACAUAAGGGAAUUGGCGUUCCAAUACGCAGAGGACAACAACUUAAAUCAUCCCUUUGACGUCAAUAGCCGCAUGGCCGGUGAGGACUGGGUCAGAAACUUCCUUAAAAGGAAUCCAGAGCUACUGAACAGGUCAGAAAAAGAAUACGAGCUGGAGCCCGUUAACUUCGACCAGUUUUAUCACUUUAUGUGUCAACUGUCAUGAUGACUAGUCGAUUAGUUGCUACAACUAGAUAAUGAUUUAAUUAAUUAGCCACAAUGUUGUGAUUCCAGCGUACCAACUUUCCUAACUCAUUCCGAAACAAUAUUACCAACAUCACAAAAGUUAUGAUUAUGAUAUUCUGACGUAAGCAUGUGUUUCCACCGCCGAAGGGCCAUCUUUCUCAAUCACUUAAAAAAAGAUGGAAAUAUGUUUUUGUACAAAAGUACAAUCUCAUGGUAAAGGUUACUCGAAUAUGCUUGACGUCAGAAAAGAUACGCCGGGUGGGAAUAAUUGCCAGGUAUUUUAUAUUAACAGGAAAGUAGGAACACGGAUUUUUGUUCUCAAAGGAGAAUUAAUUUUGGAGAAGUUUAUUUUUAAUAGAGAAUUCUAAGAACGAGCUAAGCUCAAACAUAGUACAUUUAUUAUAGUUGAUUUUUCCGUUAUCUUUAAAAAGCCACAUAGAUAUUUUGUUUGACU